AUGGGGGCAGAUAAUUUGGGGUCUACAGGAACCAAGCACCUUAUGACAGUUAUUUUUUCAGCAGUGAUAUUUGGGACUCUUACAAAUCAAGAUCUGCCUGUGAUCAAGUGUGUUUUAAUCAAUCAUAAGAGCAACGAUUCGUCAGUGGGGAAGUCAUCGUAUCCCAUGGUGUCAGAAGCCCCAGAAGACCUCGGGUGUGCAUUGAGACCUGACAGCACGGGGGCAGUGUACAGAGCUGCCGCGGUGGAAGUGGACAUGUCUGCGUCUAUAACACUGCAAGUGCUAGUCAACACCCCCGGGAACAUUUCCUGUCUCUGGGUCUUUAAACACAACUCCUUGAAUUGCAAGCCACAUUUCGAUUUACAAAACAGAGGAGUUGUUUCCAUGGUCAUUUUGAAAAUGACAGAAACCCAAGCUGGAGAAUACCUACUUUUUAUUCAGAGUGAAGCUACCAAUUACACAAUAUUGUUUACAGUGAGUAUAAGAAGUACACUGCUUUACACAUUAAGAAGGCCUUACUUUAGAAAAAUGGAAAAUCAGGACGCACUGGUCUGCAUAUCUGAGAGCGUUCCAGAACCGAUUGUGGAAUGGGUGUUUUGCAAUUCUCAAGGUGAAAGCUGUAAAGAAGAAAGUCCAGCUGUUGUUAAAAAGGAGGAAAAGGUACUUCGUGAAUUAUUUGGAACAGACAUAAGGUGCUGUGCAAGAAAUGAAAUGGGCAGGGAGUGUACCAAGCUGUUCACUCUAGAUCUAAAUAAAACUCCUCAGACCACACUGCCACAAUUAUUUCUGAAAGUUGGGGAACCAUUAUGGAUAAGGUGUAAGGCUAUUCAUGUGAACCAUGGAUUUGGGCUCACCUGGGAGUUAGAAAACAAAGCUCUCGAGGAGGGCAGCUACUUUGAGAUGAGCACGUAUUCAACAAACAGAACUAUGAUACGGAUUCUAUUUGCUUUUGUAUCAUCAGUGGGAAAAAACGACACUGGAUAUUACACUUGUUCCUCUUCAGAGCAUCCCAGUCAAUCAGCUUUGGUUACCAUCCUAGAAAAGGGAUUUAUAAAUGCUACCAACUCAAGUGAAGAUUAUGAAAUUGACCAAUAUGAAGACUUCUGUUUUUCCGUCAGGUUUAAAGCUUACCCACAAAUCAGAUGUACCUGGACCUUCUCUCAGAAAUCGUUUCCUUGUGAACAAAGUGGUCUCGAUGAUGGAUUCAGCAUAUCGAAGUUUUGCAACCAUAAACACCAGCCAGGAGAAUAUAUAUUCCAUGCAGAAAAUGAUGAUGCUCAAUUCACCAAAAUGUUCACACUGAACAUAAGAAGGAAACCUCAAGUGCUAGCUGAAGCAUCAGCGAGUCAGGCAUCAUGUUCUUCGGAUGGAUACCCACUACCAUCUUGGACCUGGAAGAAGUGUGCAGACGAGUCUUCCAACUGCACAGAAGAAAUCACAGAAGGAGUCUGGAAUAAAAAGGCUAACAGAAAAGUGUUUGGACAGUGGGUAUCGAGCAGCACUCUAAACAUGAGUGAGGCCGUGGAAGGAUUCCUGGUUAAGUGCUGUGCAUACAACUCUGUUGGCACGUCUUGUGAAACAAUCCUUUUAAGUUCACCAGGCCCCUUUCCUUUCAUCCAAGACAACAUCUCAUUCUAUGCAACAAUUGGGUUUUGUCUUCCUUUCAUUGCCGUUUUAACCAUGCUAAUUUGUCACAAGUACAAAAAGCAAUUUAGGUACGAAAGCCAGCUGCAGAUGGUCCAGGUGACCGGCUCGUCAGAUAAUGAGUACUUCUACAUUGAUUUCAGAGAAUAUGAAUACGAUCUCAAAUGGGAGUUUCCAAGAGAAAAUUUAGAGUUUGGGAAGGUACUAGGAUCGGGGGCUUUCGGAAAAGUGAUGAAUGCAACUGCUUACGGAAUUAGUAAAACAGGAGUCUCGGUCCAGGUUGCAGUCAAAAUGCUGAAAGAAAAAGCAGACAAUUCUGAAAAAGAGGCGCUCAUGUCAGAACUCAAAAUGAUGACGCACCUGGGAAACCACGAGAAUAUUGUGAAUCUGCUGGGGGCUUGCACACUGUCAGGACCAAUUUACUUGAUUUUCGAAUAUUGUUGCUAUGGUGAUCUUCUCAACUAUCUAAGAAGUAAAAGAGAAAAAUUUCACAGGACAUGGACGGAGAUUUUCAAGGAACACAAUUUCAGUUUUUACCCUACUUUCCAAUCGCAUUCGAACUCCAGUAUGCCCUGUUCAAGAGAAGUUCAAAUGCAUCAGGACUCGGAGCAGAUCUCAGAGUUCAAUGGGAAUUCACUUCAUUCUGAAGAUGAAAUUGAAUAUGAAAACCAAAAAAGGCUGGAAGAAGAAGAGGAUUUGAAUGUGCUUACCUUUGAAGAUCUUCUUUGCUUUGCAUAUCAAGUUGCCAAAGGAAUGGAAUUUCUGGAAUUUAAGUCGUGUGUUCACAGAGACCUGGCGGCCAGGAACGUGCUGGUCACCCAUGGCAAAGUGGUGAAGAUCUGUGAUUUCGGAUUGGCUCGAGACAUCAUGAGUGAUUCCAACUAUGUUGUCAGGGGCAAUGCCCGCCUGCCUGUAAAAUGGAUGGCUCCUGAAAGCUUAUUUGAAGGGAUCUACACAAUUAAGAGUGAUGUCUGGUCAUACGGAAUAUUACUCUGGGAGAUCUUCUCGCUUGGUGUGAAUCCUUACCCUGGCAUUCCGGUUGAUGCUAACUUCUACAAACUCAUUCAGAGUGGAUUUAAAAUGGAUCAGCCAUUUUAUGCCACAGAAGACAUAUAUUUUAUUAUGCAGUCCUGCUGGGCUUCCGACGCGAGGGAACGGCCGUCUUUCCUUAAUCUAACUUCAUUUUUAGGAUGUCAGCUGGCAGAUGCAGAAGAAGCGAUGUAUCAGAACAUGGACGGCCGUGCUUCGGAACGUCCCUCCGUCUACCAAAAUAGGCGAGCUCUCAGCAGAGAGCGAGGUUCAGAGCCGCCCUCUCCACAGGCUCAGGCUGAAGAUUCAUAGGAGAAAUGAUUUCAUCUUGAGGACUUCAUCCCUCCACCUACCUUAAACAGGCUGUAGAUUACCAAAACAAGAUUAAUUUUAUCACAAAAAGAAAAUAUAUUAUCAACUGCUGCUUUGCCAGACUUUUCUCUAGAAUGCUGUCUGCAUUUACUCUUUUUUUUUUUUAAAGGGACUUUUGUAAUAUCAAACAUCUUGCGCACAAGGCAGAAAGCACUGAUAGCCAACUUAUCGGAGUAUCUACCUGCGUCCGAAGGCCCCACGCUGGCUCGAGUGAACAUUGUGUACCUAAAGUAUAGUGUAUUCUUGUAAAUACAUACAACAAAAGCAUUUUGCUAAGGAGAAGCUAAUAUGAUUUUUUUAAAUCUAUGUUUUAAAAUAAUAUGUAACUUUUUC